AAUUAUAACGAAUGUAAACUCGCGUGUCUUUUAUCAAUAGACAUUUUAAUCCGCCUUUCUAAUGUGUUGAAAUUUGACGCGUUGGUGUAAUGUGAACCCAGUGUGAACCUCAACUAAGUAUCACGUAUUUCUUGUUUUAUUGCCUAACAUUAUUUCGUCCUAGUGAACUCCGGUUGUUUUCACUCGCUAUUGUUCCCCCUUUCCUUCAACGAAACUACAAGAUGUCGGUUGCUGACAAGUUUGAUCUGGCCAAACAAUCGUUCCUCGGCUCAAGCGUCGCCAAAACAGUUUGCAAAGCGACCAAUCGCGAAAUUUUGGGACCAAAAAAGAAACACAUUGACUAUCUAAUUUCGUGUACGAUGAACGAACGUAUGGACUUAUCGUACAUGUUCGAGAGAUUUUUGGAGAGAAUUCGACUAUCAAGUUGGGUCAUUGUCUCAAAAACGUUGAUAUCGAUUCAUUCACUCUUAUCAAAGGGAGAAGAGAGAUUCAUUCGAGUGCUAUCCACGCGGAGUUUGCUUUGGGACUUGGACGACUUUUCAGAUAAAACAGCGUUUGCAGGUUAUGACAUGAAUUUGUUUAUCAAACGCUACUCCAACUAUUUGAUGUACAAGGUGGAAUUGUAUCGAAUGCUUGACUAUGAUUUCUGUCGCAUAAAACGUGGAGCUGAUGGCUUACUGCGCAGAUUUGAUGAAUAUACGCUUCUGAAAGCAAUGGCGGAUGUUCAGACUCUUCUUGACAGCUUGCUGGAAAUAGACCUACAGUCAAGUGAUUUCAGUAAUGGAGUCAUCAGCAGCGCUUUCGUUUUAUUAUUUAAGGAUUCAAUCAAGCUAUUUGCCUGUUACAAUGACGGAUUGAUUAAUCUCUUAGAAAGAUAUUAUGACAUGAGAAAAGAAAAUUGUAAAGCUACUUUGGAUGUUUAUAAGAAGUUUUUGAGCCGGACAAAUAUCGUUAAGAAUUUCUUAAAAGUUGCCAAGGAUAUGGGAAUAAACGAGAAUGUGAUUCCGGAUCUUGUUGAGGCACCCAACAGUCUUUUGGAUGAAUUACAGAAUCAUUACAAAUCUUUGGAGAAAGGAGAAGCUACUAACAUCAAACAAAUUAACCAUGUGAACUUAGCGCCCAUCACUAUUUCCGAAUGGAGCGAGCAGUUCGAUUUUAAAGAAGACGAUGCUACGAGUCCAGUAAGUCCUGAUGAUUUUCCUGCUGACCAAAUCAAGAGUGAGACCAUCCUGCUUGACCAUGCUCCAGAAUAUGCUUCAAAAGGUAAUCCGAAUUGGGAAACGCUCUUCGAGUCAGACAAACCAAGUGAACUUUCCAAGGCAUCGAAGAAUAAUGAAGACGACCUGCUGCAGUUGCAGCAAGUAUUUCAAAGUCAAAUACCUUUGCCAACUGCUGGUGCUUUCAGUGUUAACUCUCAUUUUGGAACUACACCAUAUAACCACGUAAAACCAAACCAAUCCAUCGUGUCGCUAAAUCCGAGCACCAAUCCUUUCGAUUGUGUCCCAGGUCCUCUCAACUCUGCCAACAUUCAACAGCCAUUAAACUUAAACCAGAAUUCACCAUACACAACCGUCCACCAACCAUACACAGCCGUCCACCAACCUUACCAAAACUCCACAGGAGACUUGCAUUCAUCGUUAGCGAAUGUUGUGAAGUCCUUAGAUAACUUUGAUGUUAGUGGAUCAUCCUCGGGGCAAACUGCACACCAGUGGUCCGUGCCUCGAGCAAAAGUCAAAACGGGUGGUGACAACUUUCAAAUGAAAGCAGUGGCGAAUACCACCUUACCCCUGGGGAACUCUGUUCGUCCUAAUUUACCCUAUUCUCAAUCUGAAGUAGCCCGUUCUUGCGUAAGUCAAACUACGUUGUUAUACAAUCGGCCAUUGUAUACUUCAGGAUUUUCACCUAUGCCAUAUGGUCCUACAUCUACAAUCGUGAAACCACCGAAUACAUUUACGGCGCAGCGAAGGAGUUUGAACCCUUUUGAUGCGCCGCCAACCCAUAACCAGGCGUUGUUUUAACAAUUGAAUAGUUAAUUAUUAAUGCCGAAUAGUUGUCAUGAUAAAUUAUUAAAUGAAAAAGUGUACAUAAAUUAUGCAAUUCGCUUGUAAUUUCAGUUGCUAGAAAUACAAUUGCUUAAAUUGA